CUCGUUGAGACGCAAAAUCCGUAUCUUGCCAGAGAUUGUAGACGCCUCGACGAUUCACUGAGGGUGCUGUUCGUUCUUGCUGGGGGGAGAGUACUCGGUAUUGACAUCGACACCACGACUCACCCCGCACCUUCGCCCAAUUCGGCUUAUCGAUAGCGUGACUUCCAGCGCCGGCAACCUCCAGUGCCUCGCCCAUGCCGACAUGAUUGAUUCUGGCUUGUCCGCCAGUGUGUCGAGGUUCCCACGUUGUCCACGAUCCAGCCUCCAUGCAGUUGUAAACCGAACCCUGGACUCACCGUUCAGCUCGUAGCAUCGCGCCCAGCCCGCCCCGACGAGCAGACAGAAAGACGUUCCGGGGGCUUCCAGCUUGAUGUAUUCCAGGAGCACGGGGACCCGAUCCGCCACCGCGGUGCAGGUCGUCCAGGAUGACGACGCAGCAUCAACGGCUUCCACGGCCGCCACGACGACCGCCACAGAUGCAGUGCCACCAUUGACCCGGGGGACUUCGACUGAUUCAUCAUCGGGGCAGUCUUCGGCAGACACAGACAUGGCCAGCAGCAUACUGGGGGACGGAUACAUGCUGGAGUCACAAGAGGGAGUGUUGACGGUGCCAUCUCGAUACCACGAGGACGCCGAUCUGCUCUGCCCAUUCCAGAUCCUGGACUGCGACCAGGUGUUUGCAGACAUCAUCCACUUCAAGAUGCAUGUGUUUUCGCACUUCCGCGGCCACGAGUUGCCCACCUUCGCCACCUGUUUCCUGUGCGACAACAAGUACGUCUCGAGCCCGGAGGACGACCCGGCCUUUGCGUGGAACACCAUGCUAUCCCACAUGGUGCAUGAACACUUCCGGCAGGGCCAACAGCUCGCCACGGUGAGGACCGACUUUGGCCUGAUGAAGUGGAUGUACAACCGGAGGAUCAUCAACGAUCAACAGUUCAAGAGGACUCAGUUACUCCCGUACCAGACUGUGCUGCCAGGAACCGCCGGCACAACGAGGAGACAAGUUGUAAAUGUGGCAGAGCUACCACGGGCCCCGUCGGCGUCACCACCAGCGGCUGUAAGAGCACAUCUCGCCCUGUCGAUGGGGUACCAGAAUGAGCCCUACACAAUGAAUGCCGGGCGACGGCAAGAAAGACGUCGACUCGAUGCAACUCGAACCAUGGUCCGAGCACACAGUUAUAUUUGACCACUCUUGCCGAACCUAUGCAGGUGAGAGAGUUGGGAAAACAAAAGAAGCGAUUGGAGCAACAGAGACCGUGUUUCGAGUUGGAAACACCGGCCUGAACAUGGUGGUCUCUUUCAAGUUUCCAGCGAAGGGCGUAUGGUUUGCAUUUUCGGGUCCUCGAGGGAUGUUCUCGUCGUCAUCAUCGAUUUCGUCCUUUUCAGCGGCACUGUUUCAUUGUGGCUUUGGAAUAGUGGACGGCAGCAUACAACCAUGGUCAGAACCGAGUUUGCUUACCGUGGUUAGAAAGGUCUGCGAAGGUUUCUGCUUGUCACGAAUGAAUUUUCGAAGGCAUCUCGUGUAAUCUUCUUAUUAUUAGUGGGCUUACUUACUGCCUUCGUUGCUUGGAAAAAGGGGGGGUUCUUUUUUGGACAAAGGGAUUUUAGCGACUCCUUCGUAAUCUUGAAUGGAAAGACAGACAGCCUGAG